AUGGCGACGCUGUCUGAGCCGCCGACCGAAGGGGGAAGCAACAUUGCAGACCUCCUCUCAGGCCAAAGAAGACCUCCAACUGAUUCCUCGUCCCCGAAUCCGAAGGGGGAUAGGGAAGCUCAACAGACGAAGAAGAGAGCCAAGCCGACGGUGGCUGUUGAUAUCUCCGUCGAAAAUCCAAAUGAUAUUAACAUGGAGCCUGCCGCAAACGUUCUGACACCACCUGCGACUCAGAGCCCCAAAGUCUCUGCAUGGAGCCAUGGUAUGGGGGCAACGCGUCGCCUGUUUGGUGACUUUGCGAAGACCGAUGAGUGGAAUGUCGCUGAUUCCGACUCGGAGGAUGUAGCGGCGACCAUGAGAGAGGAUGGGCGGGAAGCCGAACCCGAGGAGGAAGAUGACCCGUUGUGUCCGCCGAUCCAAUUCUCUGAUGCAGAAGAGCGACAAUUCUGCCGCCCAUUGAGAUCAGCACUUGUGGUUAAAGUUCUGGGACGUUCAACUUCGUAUACUACCAUCUCCAAACGCUUGAACUCGAUCUGCGCUAAGGCUGGUAGUAUUCAGGUGACGUAA